AUGAGUUCCACGGGCUUUGAGGCAAGAAUAGUCAUCAUAGGAUGCGGUAUAUCGGGGAUAGCAGCGGCAAACAGACUCCUUAAAGUAGGAUUUAAGCAUGUGCGGAUACUCGAAGCUACCGGGAGAAGCGGAGGGAGGAUCAAAACUGGAAAAUUGGGCGAUAACAUAGUGGAGAUUGGGGCCAACUGGAUCCACGGGCCUUCCGAGGAGAACCCGGUGUUUUGUUUGGCACGGCAAUAUGGCCUGCUGGAUCCAGAUGCCCUCACCCCGGAGAACCAAGCGAUGGACGUUAGAGGACAUCCUCCAUGGAUCCCCAAUGUCUUCACCAGUUCAGGUCGCAAGUUGAACUUCGAGGAUGUUUACCCCGCUGUGGAGAUGUUUGGUGAGCUUAUGGAAGAGAGUGCAGAGUUUCUGGAGAAGGGCGGAGAACCCUGGCCCAGCGUAGGCCAGUUCAUACGUGCGGAGGUGUUACAAAGAUCAGCAGAGAAGUGGAAAGAAGACAAUGCAAGCUCCUUGAAGCGCUCUAUGAUCAGCACCAUGUUAAAGGUGGAGUGUUGUGUUAAUGGUACUCACAGCUUGGAUGACCUAGGCCUGGGUGUGAAUGGCCUCUAUAAAACUAUUUUGGGACUUGACUGCACCUUCCCAGGAGGUUACGAAGGUCUAGUAAGAAACCUGAUGUCGGAGAUGCCCGCUGAUCUGGUGACCUACAACCAGCCUGUUCGCUGUAUCCACUGGAACAACUCUGGCAAGAAAGACGUGAAAGUUGAGUGCGAGGACGGGAAGAUGGUGGCUGCUGAUCACGUGAUUGUCACAGUUCCUUUAGGUUACUUAAAGAAGCACUUUACCUCACUGUUUCAUCCUCCUCUUCCUCUGCACAAAAUGCUUUCCAUCCAGAGGAUGGGUUUUGGUACCAACAAUAAAAUAUUUGUGGAAUUUGAUUCACCCUGGUGGGAUAAAGACUGCCAGGUCAUCUAUAUGGUGUGGGAAGAUGAGGACGCCAUGAUGGACCAGGUGAAUGAUAUUCCAGGAUCCUGGAUAAAGAAAUUGUUCGGCUUUACUGUGUUGAAACCUACCGAAAGGUUUGGCCAUGUUUUAUGUGGCUGGAUUGCUGGGCAUGAAGCAAGUUACAUGGAGACAUUGUCUGAACAGGAGGUCCUGAAUGCUGUCACACAACUCGUGCGCAGGUUCACUGGUAAUCCCAUUAUCACUCCACGGAGAGUCCUAACCUCCAAGUGGUUUCACGACCCCUGGACAUGCGGAUCGUACAGUUAUCCUGCAAUAGGUUGCUCAUUGCAGGAUAUUGAGAACAUGAUGGAGCCUUUGCCAUCCAAGCAAUCACUCUCACAACCGCUGCAGGUGUUGUUUGCUGGAGAAGCGACUCAUCCCUGCUACUUCUCCACUGUGCAUGGAGCUCUUCUCACUGGCUGGAGGGAAGCUGACAGGCUCCUCGCUCAUUAUUCCUCUACUCAGCCAGCACAGCCACCCAAGUCAAAGCUUUGA